AUGCGGCCGACGUUUCGAGCUCUCGCCAGCUACCUCGAGCCUGGUACGCCUACCGGGCUCACAGGACUAUGGACUCACAAAACACCCCGAUCUACUCUGUUAUACCUGUACAGCACAACACUGAACAGGCUGCAAUCCAUACCCGAAACAUCUCUAUACCGCCAAUCUGUCGAGGCGACGACCAAGCAUCGCAUGGGUCUAGUCGAAAAGAUCGUUCCGCCUGGAUAUGAGGAGUGGACUCUAAAGGCGAAGGAACUGAUGCGAAAAUAUCCCCACCAAUUCGAGGCUGCCAGUGAUCGGAUCGAUGGUAGUAGUGCUAGGACUUACAAGUUUGGCAAUCGCGUCUUUGUUGUUGGCAUUGAGCAUGAUGCCGGAGACGUUCGGUCGCAGGAAUGGAAUGGCGAGAGCCAGGUGGGCAGCAACGAUCCGAUCAUUGACGGUGCGGAGCAUCAAAACAUCAACGACGAGAAGCUGCAGUGGGAGGAUGAGCCCCAGCUUACAGCUGAACAGGUCAAGGAGCUGGAGCAACAACUAGGUGCUGGUCUCAUCGAAGAGGUCAUUCAGGUAGCGGAGGGCGAAUUACAGCUAAUUGAGACUAUGGAACAGGCCCAAGUCUGGGAAAAUCUGGAUGAAAAGCCAGCUCAAGGGCAAUGGACAUAUUUUGAGCGGCAAUCGUCAUGA